AUGGCGGAUGUGACGGUCAAAAUCGCAUGCCACUGCCAGCUGACCUCGUUCUCCGUCUCGAUCCCGCCGUCGGCACUGCCCCUGAAAUCGGCGCUGUGCCACUGCUCCUCGUGCCGCCAUGCCACGGGCCAGCUGUUCGCGACCUGGGCCGUGAUACCCGCGGUGCUGCCGCCCGGCGUCCUGGACGCCACGGGGGACGGCAAGCUGGUUAAGUACGCGUCGUCGGCGACGUGUCAGCGCUGGUUCUGCAGGCGUUGCGGCGCAAGUGUCAUCAACGUCGAUGGGGGACAGGGUGAAGAAGAGUGGGAGGUCGGCACAGGGGUGCUUUAUUUCGACGACCAGCACCAGGCAGGGAUCACGGGGAAACUAAAUCGCGUGCAGCUCUGGGUGGAGGAUGUCAAAGGGGACGGGGGCGCGGUGGGGUGGAUCAACCAGGGAAAACUGCAAGGGAUGGACAGGCAUUGGAGGGGACGAGACAGCACGAUGGUCAACGACGACGAGGUCAGGGACCUCAUGACACGCAAAGCCGAUGUUCGAGACGACACGGAGCGGCUCGUGGCGCAGUGUCACUGCCAAAACGUCCGCUUCGAAAUCUCCCGGCCUCCCAGCAGCGACUACAAUGCAGGAACGGGCAAGUUUGAAGCGGGCCUUGACGCAUGCACGUCCUGCCGGACCGUGACGGGACUCGAAAUCACCUGCUGGGCUACGGUGCCGAGGAGUCUCAUCGUCGUCGUCGGCGCGGAUUCAGAUCUCGAGUCUCUGCUGGCGAAUACGGUGCGGCUGGGCCACUACAAGACGUCGGUGGAUGUGAGUCGGUACUUCUGUGCCAAGUGUGGUGCCACGGUUUUCUACUACAAGCACGGCCUGAAAACGAUCGACAUUGGCCUGGGACUUCUGGUGCCCACAACCGAGGGGGCUGUUCGUGUCGAGUCGUGGCUCGCGUGGCAAAAGUAUCCCAAGUGUCUGGGGUAUGAAGAAGAUGCAGUUGACACGGCUUUCGUGAGGAAUUUGAAGGAAGGCAUCAAGCAUUGGAAGGGCAGCUGA